GACACGCACCGACUCGGUUUGGGAGGCAGGGAGUGACAAACAUAUUUCUCUGAAAGGGAUUUUGCUGUACUCUCAUGUCUAUUUUAAAAACCUUAGAGACGUUUUAAGUUGCACGUUUUCGUGUGUCUGCUGCACUGAUGUGACGAGUUUGGCGUUUCACAAGCGGAUAAAACGCUCAGGUGUUUGUUUUUCAUAGGUGGAUUUUCUGCCUUUUUUAAAAACCAUUCCUAAGUAGAGCAACGACAGGAGGUUUUCCCCUGCGGUGUAUUUCUUUAUUGCAAAACUCUCGUUAAACCACGUCAGUGUUUUUCUUGCUUUCGUUUUUAAUUAUUUAAUUUCUAACCACCGACAACGCCGAGUGGCCACGUUGGAACAAACAGAUUUAAGAUGGACGAGGCAGAGAAGUACCAACAGAGACUGCAGGCGAUCACUGAGAAGCGUCGUCUGCAGGAGGAACAGGAGAGGGCCAAGAGGGAGAUGGAGGAGGAGCGGCUGAGGCUACAGCAGCUCAAGAGGAAGUCUCUUAGAGACCAGUGGCUGAUGGACGGCCCCUCUUCCCCCACAUCCUCAGAGCCUCGUUCCCCGCUGUGGGGCUCCCAGGCCCAGGAGAUGGAGCAACACAUAGACAAGUUGCAGACAGAGAGUCAACGGUUAGCGGAGGAGGAGGAGAAACUGGAGCAGCAGAUGGAAGAUGGCCGAGCUAAUGCAGCGGUGGUGGUGGUGGAGGCUACAGCAGAAGCAGACCAAGCAGGUAUCUUGGAGAAUGGACAAGAAGAAGUAGAGGCUGAAUCCGUUUUAGGAACAGUUGAGGCAGCACUAUUGGAACGAGCUGAGAUCCUCACCAAUGGGAGAGGAGAGGGGGAGGGGCAGGCUGCUACCCACAAUGCAUCAGAGGAGGGCGGACUGCACAACGGCACCAACGGUCCAGUGACGGUCGUCCCUGAAGAUGGUGCCAUUACCAUGACGUUCCUGGGGUUCACGGAGGCGGAGCCAGGCGAGGCUCCGGUAAUCGAGGAAGGAGGACUGAUCAUGAUGCGAGCGGAGCGAGUGAUUAUCAAUGACGAGGGAGACGAGCUGGCAAAUGAUCUUUCCUCUACGGGUCAGGAACAGGAAGUAAACUCGGCCGCGUCCAAUCAGAGGUCAGAAUCUCCUGAGGAAGGAGGAAUUGAGGAGGCGAAACCAGAGACAACUCCUGAAGAGUCCUCAGAAGUAGCAAAAGGGACUGAGACAGAGGCAGACACAGUAACCGGAGGUUUAGGAGAAGGACAGAUGGACACAGUAAUAGGAGAUUUAGGAGAAGGACAGAUGGACAUAGUAACCGGAGAUUUAGGAGAAGGACAGAUGGACACAGUAAUAGGAGAUUUAGGAGAAGGACAGAUGGACACAGUAAUAGGAUAUUUAGGAGAAGGACAGAUGGAGGGUGUGGGAAACAGUGGUGGAGAGGAAGAGGCACAGCCAGUAGAGGAAGCUCCUGUGUCUGACUUGCAGGCCCCAGAUGGCGUUGUGGCUGCCGUUCCCGUCUACUCUGAGACCUUACUCACCCCCAGGCCCGACGCAGAGGGAGAGGCUGCAGGCGAGCCGGCAGAGGGCGAUGUGGAAGUGAAGACUGAAGUGGAAGUCGAGGGGGAAGAAGAGGCCUCUGUGGCCCCAGAAUCAGCCAUCCUCCCUGGGGGCCAGUUCCUGGAGGUGUCCCUAGUGGAGCCCUGGACUGAGCCAGAGCAGGAGCCCCUGCUGUUCCCAUCCAAGGCCCAGACCCUGGCCUUGGGGGAGCAGGCUCCAGCCGCCCCAGAGACAUUGACCGCUACCAGGGGAGAGGCGGAGGGAGGGGUCGAUGUGGCUCCCAAACGCAAGACCUGCCAGUGCUGCUCUGUCAUGUGAUCAAUCAUUUCAUUCGCUCUCUAUCUCUACCAAAUUCUCCAAUGCUUUCUCUGUGUAAUACUACAAGAGGGACUUGAGUCUGCCUCUAACACUGUGAAUGAUGAGGGGUGGUAAGAUGGUGUUAUUACUGAAGUGCCUUGUGGAUCUCCUUCCCUAAGGGUAUAGCUCAGUUACCCAUCCUGAGGAACCUGGGUUUUGUUCAGUAGGGCAAAGUGCUUUGAAAUGAAAAUUCAAAACCAUUGUUUUUCUUAUUGGACCAGGUCCAGGUAGGCCCUCCCUGUUCGAGUCAACCCUGAUGAACACAACCCUGAUGAACACAACCCUGAUGAACACAACCCUGAUGAACUCAUGUUUUUUUCUAAUGAACACAACCCUGUUAGCCUUGGCUGUGUUACUGUUGGCUGGUACUGAGAAUGAAAGACCAGUCUUGAUCCAUUAUGCUGUAUCUUACAAGGGAAAUGCUUAUCGAAGGCCCUUAUCUUCUUUUGUCCAAUGCAAGGCCUGAGGAUUGAAUCAUGACCAGUACAGUAGGUAUGUGUCAGAAAGGCCUGUGGGUUGAAUCAUGACCAGUACAGUAGGUAUGUGUCAGAAAGGCCUGUGGGUUGAAUCAUGACCAGUCAUUUAGCAGACGCUCUUAUCCAGAGCGACUUACAAAUUGGUGCGUUCACCUUAAGACAUCCAGUGGAACAGCCACUUUACAAUAGUGCAUCUAAAUCUUUUAAGGGGAGAUAUUUUUUUUAUAUCUGUUUGGGCGAUCAAUUUACAGUCUACAAAUGAUUUGUAAUUAUGUUCCAGCCCCCUGACCAUCCGCUCAAGAAGAAAAUCGCCCCCAUGGCUGAAUCUAGUUGAGGAUCCCUUGUUCAAAUGUUAAAACAAACAUUAGGACAUUACCGUCAACAACAAAUCCCUAACUGAAAAACAAUGCUUUUUUCCCACAACAUUUAAAUCACAGUGCAGUUCUCAAAACUACCACUAAUAGGUCCUGAUCAUCAUCAUGUGUCACAAAUGAAACCCUAGUCCUUACAAAGUGCUCUACUGUUGACCAGGGUCUAUGGCCUCUGGUUGAAAGUAGGUCACUGAGUGUACAAAACAUUAGGAACACCUGCUCUUUCCAUGACAGACUGACCAGGUGAAAGCUAUGAUCCCUUAUUGAUGGAUUGUACAUGUUAUCCAUUGAGGGUCAAUGGGCAAAGCAACAUAUUGAAAUGCCUUUGAACUGGGUUUGGUAACAGGUGUCAGGUGCACCGGUUUCAGUGUUAAGAACUGCAACAGCUUUCUGUGUGGAUUAAGAAAGGACCACCACUCAAAGGACAGCCAACCAACUUGACACAACUGUGGGAAGCACUGGAGUCAACAUGUUUUAAUCUUAUUUUGGUCCAUUAUCAAUUGUUAAAGGGAAAGUAUGUUUUUAUAUCUAAAUUCUAUGCAUUUUAUUUUCUCAGUGUAUUUUCCAUAGAAUACAAACAGUACUCUGACAUGUAUAUAGCCACCAUGAAAUCAAGUGGGAGUGGGGGUUUAUGUUUAUCUUUCUUUCAACAGGAUACUUUUGAACUAUUCAAUAAUGGUUUAGUGAUUAAACUGACACUUGUGAAAUAUUA